AUGAAGUUCACUCUCCUACUGGGCGUGGUCUUCCUAUUCAGCUUUGUUGUUGCACUUACGGUACCUCAGUCGGCCUCUUCAAUCGGCGGCAAAGACGAUCACUCGUUCAACUUUACCACUCUGGUCGAUGUCGGUGCUGAUUGGACAGACGAUGUAACAACUACUGCCAACGAUGAGCAAAAGUGGGCGUCCAACGUCGCGAGGGGCAGGAAGCUACUUGCAGCCAUGAAGGGCACUGAUGCCGAAGCUGCCGCUAUCUGGAAGAUGGAGGGCACCGCGAAGAGUAGCUUUGAUGGCGACCUCAAGACCGAGAUGAAGCAGUGGGGCUGGAACGAUAACCCAGACAAACAGAAGAAAGCGCUCGAUCCUCAGUGCGACGUUGCUGUCUACCAUAAGAUCGGACGCGCCUUCGAGGAGCUGGGUUUAGGAACGAAGUCCAAGAACGCCGGCGGACCGAAUGAGUGCUUCAUAGCCGAGCACUGGAGCGGUCCUACAAUCAAGAAGAACCUUCUUGGUAAACUGCCUAAGCCGGAGGACCAAAAGUACAAAGCCUGCGACGGAAACAAGUACAGAGUGACCCUCGACCGCAAAUCGCCCGCUCACGGCGCCGCACAGCUCUGGGGCCGCACGCCCGAGGAUCGCGAACUACCUCACAUCCGCUCUUCCUCAGACGUGACGUGGGCAUUCUGGAACCGCGCGACCGCCGGCGGCGACAUCACGAACAUCAAGUACUUCUUCAACUGCCUGAUCGUGAACCCAGAGACACAGGACUUGAUCCGGCAGGCGCACGAGAAGAUGACGCCGCCGAGGAGUGCGCCGGGGAUGUGGCCUGGUACGGAGUUUAGCAUGGAUAGUGAGCAGGGGCUUGCGCUGCUUGGCUCUCCUUUGGGUCGAUCUCAUGGCUUCUUCCUUAUUCAGCACAAGGAGAAGCUCGGUAGGUCGAAGUUCAUAUCCAAGGCUCGUGUGUUCAAGAGUGACGCGAUGAGCAUGCCGUACAUAGUAUUCUACGUGCAGAGUGCUGUUGCGGGCGCAAGGAACACCUCUUGA